UUUGAAAACCCGGUUCAUCAUGUUAAUUUCCGGUUUGACAGCUAUGUUUUGGCUACUGUAAUGCACACUAGCUACUGUUUUAAGCAACUUGCCUUUAAAGAUGAAAAGGAGUCUUUUUCUUGAUUCCUCAUUUUUUGAACACCCUUUUAUUUUGUCUUUAGAAGUUUCUGCUUUUUUGUUAUUUCUAUUACAGACAACAAUUCUUUUGAAUCAUAUUCUUUCCCCUGAAUAUCUUUAUUCUCUUUUACUACAUGGUUCUGUUCAGCCUGUGAAGUCGGCAUCUACUGGUCUGCUUGGUUUCUGGAAAUGGGAAAGCUGAGUUUUUUUCUUCUGUCUGUUGUGUUCUUGGUUUCUUUGCUUAAUGGAGAAACAGUCACUGCCGCUUCAAGAAAAAAGGUAGCCACUGGUGCAAGAACCCGUGAUGGAUCAGAAGAAUGGGGAUAUGUAGAAGUUAGACCAAGAGCACACAUGUUUUGGUGGCUUUAUAGGAGUCCUUACAGAGUUGAAGAUUCAUCCAAACCAUGGCCAAUCAUUCUUUGGUUGCAGGGUGGACCUGGAGGAUCAGGUGUUGGGAUGGGAAAUUUUGAAGAAAUUGGGCCGCUGGAUACCUAUCUGAAGCCCCGGAAUUCGACAUGGUUACAAGUGGCUGAUCUGCUCUUUGUGGAUAAUCCAGUUGGCACAGGAUACAGUUUUGUGGAAGAGGGUGAUGCAGACUUGUUUGUCAAGACUGAUGACGAGGCAGCAAGUGAUCUAACUACUCUGUUGGAGAAAGUAUUCAACAGGAAUGAGAGCCUUCAGAAGAGCCCUUUGUAUAUUGUAGCAGAGUCUUAUGGAGGCAAAUUUGCUGUCACCCUUGGUUUAUCAGCUCUAAAAGCAAUUGAAGCAGGAAAACUGAAACUUAUACUUGGAGGAGUAGCGUUGGGUGACACUUGGAUCUCACCAGAAGAUUUUGUGCUUUCAUGGGGUCCUCUUCUAAAAGAUCUGUCGAGGCUCGACAACAACGGACUUCAGAAGGCAAACAGCCUGGCUGAGAAGAUUAGGCAGCAAAUCCGCGAAGGUCAGUAUGCUGACGCAACUAAUUCUUGGUCUGAGCUUGAGGGAGUGAUUAGUGCUAACAGCAAUUCUGUGGAUUUCUAUAAUUUUUUAUUGGAUUCGGGAUCGGACCCUUUAUCUCUAACUACAGCUGCGGCUGAAUUAUCGCAAAAAAAUGCAAUGAAGAGCUACUCGAGAUAUAUCAGCUCUCUGAGGUCAGCACUUCCAGGAGGUGGUGUCGGUGAUCUUGAUAGCAUAAUGAAUGGGGUCAUUAAAACAAAGCUUAAGAUAAUCCCAGCUAAUUUCUCAUGGGGAGAGCAGUCUUCUAACGUUUUCAACCAGAUGGUAGGCGAUUUUAUGAGACCGAGAAUUAAUGAGGUUGAUGAGCUCCUAGCUAAGGGAGUGAAUGUGACUAUAUACAAUGGGCAGCUUGAUCUCAUUUGUUCAACCAAGGGAACCGAAGCAUGGGUUGAAAAACUCAAGUGGGAAGGGCUCGAUAGUUUUUUGAGCAUGAACAGAACUCCUCUUCUUUGCGGUGCAGAGGGACAGCUCACAAAAGGAUUUACCAGGUCGUACAAAAACCUGAACUUCUUCUGGAUUCUUGGGGCAGGCCACUUUGAAAAUCUUCCAUGCCAUUAUGGAAACAACACCCUUUGACUUCAUUGCAGACAAAGGUAAUUUUGUUUCUAAGUUCGUUGCCAUCAUGCUCUGUGAAUAUUUUAAAACCAGAAACGAAAACAGAAAAGACUAGUUUGCCCAAAACUAGGGAGAUGCAAAUAAAGAACUAAUACAGGAAUCAUGACUUCCUAGAUGAAAAUACUUAAUUAAAUAAUAUGCAAAAAUUACCAACCUUGGUAAUUUAAUAACCAGCAUGUUGUUUUACUUAGAUGAAUCAAGCAAUAAAAACAGAAAAGAUAUAUAGUUUACUUGAACGUUUCUGCCAGCAAAAAGAGAUUCUCUAAAUGUCUAGUUACUGGUUCGCUUAAGCAAUCAGUAAAGAACAGGGAUUUGAGAGAGAAGAAUGGUUUAGAAAAGAAAUAACCAACAUGGAAGACUCAACCAAUAAAAAUACAAAAUAUAAAUAGUUUACUAGUAAAAAUAGGGUUCUCCGAGUGUCUUGUUACAGGUUAGCUUAAGCAAUCAGAAAAAAAAAGAGUUGAGAAAGAAGAAUGGUUUAGAAAAGAAUGGUAGCACAAAGAGUGUGGAAGAGAUUUAAUGUUAAUAAUAGGUUUUGUAGCUGCUUCGUUGGCUUAAGUAGACAGAUUAGGUUUUAUGUCUUCGACUCUUCAAUGAAACGAUGAUGUUUUAUAUAUAUAUAUAUAUAUAUAUAUAUAUAUAUAUAUAUAUAUAUAUAUAUUAAAAAACACAUUCGGGUCUCAUCUGGGAUUACCCGGGUCUUAUGGGUCCCGGGUCGACCGGGUUUUUCCGGGCUAAAUCCUUGGUUGGUUUUUUCUUAAACCCAGCCCGGUUUCAUCCCCAGGUCAAUCAGGUCCCAUGUCGACCCGUCAGGUCGGGCCGGGUUUUAAAACUAUGAUCCUAGGAUGUUUAUGGAUGGGUCUGGGAUGUUUUUAGACAGGUCAACAUCCCUAACACUUCUAUAAUAAGCAAUCUCAUCUUCCAUUAGUGUUGUUUCAAAACACUUAAUCUCUCUAACCUCUUGAAGUCCGCCACAAUAUAAAUUGAGCUUGGUGUUGGCCACAACAUGUCACAUCUCAUCAACACUUUCAUGAAUAGUUAUUGCUGUUUUCCGAGCUUCCCGUACCAAGUAAUUGAUUUAUAUACAUACAUUAAGAACCAAUUAGUAGUCAUCAUCCAUAAUAAAAUUAUUCUAGUAUUUAAUAAAUGUAAAAUAUUAUUGCAUACUAAUCGAUUCUGUCUCGGAUACCCGAAGGCAUAGUAUAUUGAAUUAUGUGAAUGUCUCGGGAAAUGCGACUAGGUUGGUGUAAUGAAACGGCGUAUAAUGGAUAUAUAUUAUGUCAUGUAGGUAUCUAUGUCAAUUGUAAGUUGUUGCUCCUUAAAAACACGAUCUCUCAUAGCAUCCCAAAGAUUAAGGUAAGAUGCAUGAAUUACUAAUCAAUUCCCCUUGUGUUUACCCUGACGACUAACACUGUGCAACUCCUUUCUAGUAUCAACAUAAUCCAGUAUAUGCUAAGAUAGUCUAAAUUGUCGUAUUACCUGAUCUGGACAAUGCAUCUCAACAAUGUCAAAGCAAUUUAAAGGGACUUGUACUAACCAAAUAUCAAAUCUCUCACGACAUAUAGGCAAAGCUUAAAGUAUCAAGUUCUUCAUAUGUGGCAUCCAUAUAACCUAUCAAAAGAUAUAAAAUAGUUAUCUCAAAUAAUAAAUUGAAACUAGAUAAUUAACUUUAAAAUAGCAAAAAAAAAAAUUAAUUACAUUUGUAAUAUAUACCAGAUGUGAUUGUUGUGCGUCCAACUUAUCCCGAUAAAACUCGUGGACAUGAUUGGGAUUUAUUGUAAAAUAUCUAGCCACACACCAUUUAACAAAACAACCCACAACGUUAGUAUAUUUCCUUACAUUCAAUUUAUAUAAAUAACAUGUUGACUAUAAUCAACUAUAUUUUAUUAUUACCUGAAACCAAUUGAGAGUGGCCUCUAAGUGAUAGUGUCAAUCAUGUUAAUACCCUAGCUCUUUGAACACCCGAUAUGAAUAUGCUCUCAUGUCUAGAAUUAUGUUAAUGAACAUUGAAAAUUACAAGUUAGUAUUUAAAAUUUUAUUAAUUCUAGUAAUCAAAUAAUUUAAAAUACAUAUACCUGAAGAAAUAGAAGACACCAGGCACUUUGUCUUUUUUUUUAGACAUGUUUUGCAUAGUUGCUAAUAUAGAUAUACAAGAAUGGCUCCCCCCAACUGUAAUUUGAAAUGGCACAAAAAUCAUUAAGAACCAUCAGAAAGUACAAUGAAACUGCAUUUCCAAUAGUACUCGUGAAAAUAAAUCCUCUAAACAUGUGUAAUAUGUAUGCCUAAGCAUACAUAAUAAGCUGGUUUGUUGUCACGUGUACUAAGGGGUAUUAAAAUUAGCACCCAACCAUGUCAAUCUGAUACAGUCGCCCCUAUAAGUAUUGGCUGGAGGCACUUGUCCUCAUAGACAAUCACAUAACAAAUCUAUAUCAAUCAAAACUCUAUUGUUGGUCAUAGAUGUCUUAUCUAUCAGAAGAUCGAUCAACUUCGUUACAUCCUGGAGUGUUGGUGUCAUCUCACCAACACGUAGAUGGAAGGUGUGCAUCUCGCGCCUUCAUCACUCUACUAAUGCUGCAAUCAAUGCAUGGUCAAAAUUUAUGCGACGCAACUAACUGAUCUCAUAAACACCGACCUCAAUAACAUAUGAAUGCAUACGUUCAUGCAACUCCAUCAAGAUAUGUUGUCUAUGUGUCACUGGAUCACCGCCUUAAAUAUCAAACAACUUAGUUAAAUCAUCAAAAUAAAUCUUUAGAAUAUUUAUCUGACCUCAUUGCUUCAUAUAUCAUUGGAACAAUGUUGAUCUUGCAUAAAUAAUAGCAACCUAUCAUCAGGACCUUCAUCAAUAACAAAGGUGGUCCUGCCUGUUGACACUUCUAAAAGAGGUUGAACCUCCUUUAGUCCAAACCAUAUCUAUCUCAAGGUCCUGUAUAAAAAAAUUGUUAGCAUUUGCAAUUAAAUUAAAGUUGACAUAAUUUUUUUAAAAAAAUACAUACAUUAUCUAGUUUCAUAAGUUUUUCUAUUAUGACCCCUUUGACUGCAUAUAUCAUAUCUAUUCAAUGAGUGUCCCUUUCUAACAUCCAUCUCAUUAUGUAAACGAGUGGAUUUCCUUUGACCCAAGAAUAAGUAUAUGCAAGCUACAAUGACAUAUCAUAUAAAAGUUAAAAAUGUGGACUAUUUGCAUUUUUAUAUGACAAGUUGGAAUAGAAUUCAUCUACAAAUUAUACAUAGUUCAUAUUUCAUAGAGCAUGGUCGAUGAUACAAUUAUCAUUUGCCACAAGAAUAAGUUGCUUGAUUGAUGUUAAUGUGAGCAUGGUCUCACACUUUUCUUAUAACACUAGCUAUUAGAGGUGUCUCAGAUUGAAAUAUAUCACCUUUAAGAUAAAAAGAAAAGAGAUAUCAGGUGUGAUCUUGAAGUUGUCGCAUCAGUAUCUUAGCUAGGACCUUUGAAGACCACAACACAUCACGACUCAAAAAUUCUUCAAUUUUUUCUCUACACUCCACAAAACAUUUAUUACACCUAAAAAAAAAUAUUAUAGCUGAAACAAGCAAGCCACAAAUAGUUUUUAAAACAUUAUUAAAAACCUCCAACAAGUUUGUGGUCUUGUCAGAACGACGACCACCAUAAUCAUAAAAUAAUGCUUACUUUUCUUUAGGUUCAGCAUCUAGCCAUGCUCUAAUUGCAUCAUUUGCCUCUAGUAACUUCUCAUAUAAAAUGUCAAACUCCUGUUUAGAAGGGUGUACACACAUCUUAUGCAACGUAUUUUUCAGGAAAA